CCCGUUCCUCACACACCGGAAUGAAGUCUCUCAAAUAGCCAGAGAGUCAUGGAAGCGUGCAUUAAUCUCUAAUCAACGCCAAAGUGUCGUCAGUCUCUUCCGUGUGCUCUUGUCUCAAUUUAGCUGCGUGUGAUUGUUUAAUAGUUUUACCGUGAAAGUUGAUUCUUUUUUUUUUCUCUCUGUGUUGUGCUUUUCUGCGUAUCAUCCGUGACAAUGUCCGAAAUCUUUGACUGUGUCCGUCAAAAUGAUGUGACAAAAAUGCAGAAGCUCCUGACAAAUUCCCAUUCAUGGGUGGAUAUUAUGGACGAGGAAGGGAAUACACCAUUGAUGGUGGCAUGUCGGUUGGGCUUUGUAGAUUGCGUUCGAAUACUCAUUGCAAGUGGAGCCGAUGUCCUCCAUGUCAAUCGCACUGGUAUCAAUGCUCUGACCCUGGCUGCCCUAUCGGGAUGCGUGGAGACCAUCAAGUGCCUCCUGAUGGUCACCCCCAUUGAACAUCACAUCCAAACAACCCUCAUCCCCCCAUUGACUGCAGCAAUUUUCGGGGGGCACCGUAAGGCAGUUAAUUUCCUUCUACCCUUCCACGAAACCCUCAGCAGUACCACAACGCGAGAAGGAAAUACACCUUUGAUGCUUUCACUCAUUUUUGAGCAUUACAACAUGUUGGAUUUAUUCAGUGAUGAACCGUUGCAUUUGAAAAAUUCCCUUGGAAUGACUGUUGGUGACAUUCUGGAGUAUCGGAGGAAAUUCAUGAACUGACCCAAAACCAUUGAGACAAUCCCAUUUUGCACUCUGACCUCACAGAGGAAAUGCGAGUGUGUGAUUUCUACGAAAUGUUGGACAUUCAACGACCCACUUUUAUGGUGCAUUUUAUCUAUUUUCAUCGUGAUGUUGUGCUCUCUGCUCCCUCUCUGUCUCUCUCUUUCGCAAAUAAGUAAGUUAAUUUCCACGCUCUGGGGCGGAAAUUAAUUGAAUAAUGGCGCAUGCAGAGGGCGGCAAGGGUGGGAGGCAGGAGGGUGAAAGGAUUUCCAAGUGGUAAAUGGCAGAAAUACUUACUCCAAGUGGUAAAUCGUGUGGAUCGCAUGUCUCGAGGCUUCGACGAAAUUGGAUCUGAGUGUGGGUGGCAUUUUGAGAACCCUCCUCGACCACAUAGUUCUGAGUGUCAUCCUGAAUUGGUGCUCCAUUUCCACUGGAUGGUCCGUGACAAUCCUGCAAAAUGAACCACAAAAGUAAACAACAGUGAGAUUCAGCCGCCACAAAUAGCCACAAAUUAAUCAAUUUCCUACAUUCGUCCUGUUAAUUUGCUUGAAAGUGUUUUUAGAUCGUUUUUCCCUCAUUUUAUUCACUUAAUUUAUUUCUUAUUUAAGAUUUGUAAUUAAUUUUUAAUUUUUCAAAUGUAUCCAGUUGAGGAAAAGUUAUUAAUUUUUAUGUGAGAUUCUAAUAAAAGAAAAAUUUUGCAACAAAA